CCUCCACUCCCGCUUGGCCUCCGUCCGAAGGCAGCCGGUGAAUAAGCAGAGGUCACCCAGCCAGCUCCCCGCGAGCGAGAACUCCCAGCUCCACCGUCGGGACGGGCUCCCCAGACUAUCCGCCCCUUGGAGCCAGGAGCCCCCUCAUUGCCUGGGAGCAGCCCGGCCCCCAGCCCAUCCCUGAUGGCCGUCUACAAAGUCCAGGUGUCCACCGGCCAGGGCUCCCUGGCUGGCACUUUUGACACCAUCUCCAUCACCCUGGUGGGCAUCGACGGGGAAAGUCCCAAGCAUGUGCUGGACCGAUACGGGUUGGACUUUCAGCCGGGAUCAACACCCAUUGACUCCAGCUGGGGAUCCAGCGACGGCGAAGAAGGAGCUGUACCCGCAGAUCUGCCCGUGCAACGCUCUCCAUCCCGAGUGGCCGGGAACGCAGGCUCCGUGCCCGGGGCUCGAACCCUCCCCCUGCUCUGUCUCCCCCAGGUGCGGGAGUACGAGGUGCCCAGUGAGCGAGCCCUGGGGCCGAUCUUGCUGAUCCGGCUCCACAAGGAGCCCUAUUCCGUGUUCCCCGAGAGUAUGUGGUACUGCAAUACGGUCCGGGUGACGUCCCCCGAGGGAGACAUCUACCGCUUCCCCUGCUACCGGUGGAUUCAGGGCUACUGCACCGUGGAGCUGGUGGAAAGCACAGCCCAAAUCCCUAGUGACGACUCCCACUACCUGCUCCAGAAGUACCGCCGUGAGGAGCUGAUGCUGCAACAGGAAAGAUAUAGGUGGAAGGAGUACAUCCCUGGCACCCCGUGGUGUGCCGACAUCGACAGUGCCAUGACCGCCGAGGUCAACCUCCAAUAUUCGUUCCCCAAGGCCUCUGCUUUCUUCGGGCGUGGCUUGGCGGCGCUGCUGGAGUCCAAGUUUAAGGGGUUCCUGGACCGGCCGUACUCCUGGGAGACGUUAACUGACAUCCCCAAGAUUUUCCGGUUCUACCACAGCCCGGUCUCAGAGUACGUCAUUGAGCACUGGCAGGAAGAUGCUUUCUUCGGGUACCAGUAUCUGAAUGGGUUCAACCCCGUUCUGAUCCGGAAAUGCACGGAGCUUCCCGAGAACUUCCCCGUGACGCAGGAGAUGGUGGCCGGCUCUCUGGGGGAAUCCACCAGCCUCCGGGAGGAGCUGCAGAGAGGGAGCAUCUAUCUAGCAGAUUACAAGCUCCUGGAAGACAUUCCCACCACCAGAGUGAACGGUCACCAGCAGUACGUCGCCGCGCCCCUGUGCCUGCUGCACCAGAAACCCAGCGGGGAGGUCAUCCCCUUGGCCAUCCAGCUCAGCCAGCGCCCAGGUCCCGAAAGCCCCAUCUUCCUGCCCAGUGACUGCGACUGGCUCUGGACUCUGGCCAAGACCUGGGUGCGCAGCUCCGAGUUCCAGCUGCACGAGGUCACCUCCCACCUGCUCCGUGCCCACCUGCUGGCCGAGGUCUUCUCAGUGGCCACCCAGCGCCAGCUGCCCAUGUGCCACCCCCUGUACAAGCUCCUGAUCCCUCACACCCGGUUCUCCAUCCACAUCAAUGUCCUGGCCCGGACCUUCCUCAUCAGCUCCGGGGGCGUAUUCGAUCGGGCCAUAGCGACUGGGCGUCCAGGCCUCGCCGAGCUUCUCCGCAAGGGCCUGGAGACCCUGACCUACACCACGCUCUGCCUUCCCGAUGACAUCCAGGAGCGCGGUGUUGGCUCAGUCCAGAGCUACUACUACAGGGACGAUGGGCUCAAGAUCUGGGCGGCUAUAGAGAGCUUUGUCUCCGGCAUCGUGGGGAUCUACUACCGGACCAGCCUCUCGGUGCAGAGUGACCACGAGCUGCAGGCGUGGGUGGGCGAGAUAUUCACCAAGGGAUUCCUCGGCCGACAGGCAUCGGGUGUCCCCUCUACUCUGGGCACCGCGGCCGAGCUGACCAAGUACCUGACCAUGGUGAUCUUCACCUGCUCCGCCUAUCACGCUGCGGUCAACGCCGGGCAGUUCGAGCUGGCAGUCUUCAUGCCCAAUUACCCGUCAUCCAUGCGGAAGCCGCCACCCCGGAACAAGGCCAAGGUGACCCUGAAGGAGUUCCUGGACACCAUCCCUGAGAUGAACACCACCAGCCUGAUCCUCUCUGUCCUCUGGGUGCUGCGUAAUGAGGAUCAGGACAUGAGACCCCUGGGGACAUACCCUGAGGAGCACUUUACCGAACACGGGCCAAAGCAGCUCAUGGCUGCCUUCCAGGAUCGCCUAGCAGAGAUCUCCCGGGAAAUUGAGGAGAGGAACCAGUCACUAGCUCUGAGCUACAACUACAUGUAUCCCCCUAACAUAGAGAACAGCACAGCCAUAUAACACCCAGAGGCGCCACCCCUCCAGCUGCCCCAUGAUGGAGAACCCCUCACCCAGACACCCACCACUGAAUACCCCCCGCAGGAACAGGCCACAGCAUCUCCACAGCCAAAUGCUCGCCGGCAUCCGGAGAACAUACACCCAGCCGAUGGAGCAAUGGGGAACCACACCUGCUGGGGAUCCGGCCCCAUUGACUCCAAAGAAGAGACGCCCAUUGACACCAGCUGGGGAUCCAGCCCCAUUGACUCCAAUGGAGAGACGCCCAUUGACACCAGCUGGGGAUCCGGCCCCAUUGACUCCAAUGGAGAGACGCCCAUUGACACCAGCUGGGGAUCCGGCCCCAUUGACUCAAAUGGAGAGAUGCCCAUUGACACCAGCUGGGGAUCCAGACCCAUUUACUCCAAUGGAGAGAAGCCCAUUGACACCAGCUGGGAUCUGGCCCCAUUGACUUUGAUAGAGAGACGCCCGUUGACACCAGCUGGGGAACUGCCCGGGGCCUCCAUAAAUCCCCAGUUUCAUAGCAGUCUCACAGGGCUCCCUUGCCUCCGGGUUUCACACCAGUGAAGGAGCGGGUGUUUACAUUGCCUGUUGUACUCAAGGCAAAUCCCGUGGACAGGUGUUGUCAUUUCCGAGUAUCAAGGUGCCAAGUCUCCUUAUUAGGAAAUCAUUUCCUGUACACGCCUCCUUAUCAUUUCCUUCCAUUCUCCACCCACUUGCCUGGGAUGACGUCUUGGUUCAGCUGCUCAUCCCUCUAUCAGGAGAUGUGGCCACACUGGACCAUGGUCUCCGUCCCCUUGUGAGUUGGUUUAUUCUGCACGGAGACACAUUGCUGGGUGAAGGUGGCCUGCACUUCUGUCAUCACGUCCAAUAUUUGCAAAAGUGGUUUGAGAAUCUGGGGGUCCAGGUUAAGGGUCCUGAAGAGUUGAUUGAAGACACCUUAAGAAAGUUGAUUUUCCCAAAGGGACAUGUUCUGCUCAAAACCGUGGCCUCUUUAAGGCGCAUCAGAAACAGAGGCACCCGUAGUUUUCCACGUCUUAGAUUCAUAGAUCCCAAGGCCAGCAGGGACUAUUGUGAUCAUCUACUCUGACCUCCUGUAUGACACAGGACAGAAAACUUCCCCCAAACAAUUCCCCUUUCAACUUGGGCAUCCUCGUCUCAUUUCUUUGCUCCUCGUUGAGCUUGAGAACGUCUUGGGGAUGAGUCUGUCCUGUUCAUCAGCUGUCCGAGCAGUGCCCCAUGGUGGCUCAUUGUCUUGGUUGGGGACUUGAGGUACAACUGGUGUACAAUUCAUGAGCAGAGCAGGUUGGUCUUGGUAGACACCCACUAAACAUGAGACCGCAGUGUGAUGCUGUAGCUAAGAGGGUGAACGUGAUCCUGUGAUGAAUAAGCAGGGGAAACUGACAAACCAGAAAGGGCUUGUGUGAGGAGUGGGCAUUUUCUGUGAUAGUUUAUCUGAAUGCCGUCUGUGUGUCAGUUCCCCCAAUGUGCUGCAUAGUUAACUUGGUGGUGGGAAAAGGUUGUUGACUCUCUGCAGAGUAAACCCUGUAGGGUGUGAUGGAUACCUGCCUACCUCCAUGUCCAUGGAGAGAGUCUGAGAAGACAACAGCCACUACAAUUGCCUGGUACCUAGCAACAAACGACUAUGGAUGAUCCACCGCUCCACAGGAAGCCAGACGGGUUUGCCAGGGAACAAGAGCAAAAGGCUAAGAAGUAGCCAGGUGAGGAGUUGUUAAGUGUGGGCUGCUGGAAGUUGGAGACUCUCCUGAACUGGGACACAAAAGAGGGCUCUGGACCAACCAAGAUGGACCAGGCUGAAACUUGCUGCUGGCUUCUCAUGACCCACGUGAGCUGGGUUCCAGACAUCUAAUAAACAGGACUGCUUUCACAACACUGCCUGAGAGUUGCUUCCCAUGCUGGAGCUGGCAGGGUGCACUGCUCCCUUUGGGGGUAAAAGUCUCUCUCAGGUUCUCCAACUCGGGUAUGUCCAACUAUGGCAAACCACUAGGAAUCCCUAUGAGGGCUGUGCUUCAUUUAAGUUAGCUCUAAAAGACUAGGUGAAAGAACAGACUUUGGAGCAGUCCGAGGAAGCUUUUCUUUGGGCAAGGAUUGGGCAUCUAAAAUCCCCAGCAACUGGACGGAAGGAGGGUCCCCAGAAAGCUGGUUGCUGAUUCCUCAAAACCAUUUCAGACUUCGGGUAAAUAGAAACGUGAGAAUGCUCUCACCCUACUGCUACAGUGUGUGUGUGUGUGU